CAUACUUCUCCUUCCAUGUCGAAUUCAGAUGGUACCGGAGGUGUUACAAACGCAGCCUUAAUGGACUCUCAGAGAGAGCAAACGGUGCCGUCCACCAAUGGUUCGGUCCCCGUUAAGAAGCCGCCCACCAAAGACCGUCACAGCAAAGUCGACGGCCGUGGAAGGAGGAUCAGGAUGCCCAUCAUUUGUGCCGCUCGUGUCUUCCAGUUGACUCGCGAGUUGGGUCAUAAAUCCGAAUGUCAAACCAUUGAGUGGCUCUUUCGUCAGGCCGAACCUUCUAUCAUAGCCACCACUGGCACCGGGACCACCCUCGCCAGCUUCUCCACCGUCUCGGUUUCCGUUCGCGGCGGGGUUAAUUCCACUUCCUUGUCGUCGACCACUUCUAAGCCUCUGCUGGGUCCCACUCCUUUUAUACUCGGGAAGCGCCUCAGGUCCGAUGACGAUAACGCCGGGAAGGACGAUUCUAGUGGGCUCACCGUUGGACCAGGCGGCAUGGGGUCCAUUGUGGUACCCGCGGGUACGCAUACGAAUGGGUUCUGGGCUCUUCCGACAAGGCACGACUUUGGUCAAUUGUGGAGCUUCGCGCCUCCUCCAUCGCCGGAUAUGAUGGUGCAGACGGGUGCUCAGCAACCUGCUGCUGCGUUGUUCGUUCAGCAACAGCAAGCUAUGGGAGAAGCGUCGGCAGCGAGGGUCGGCAAUUAUCUUCCCGGUCAUAUAAAUUUACUAGCUUCACUUUCCGGUGCUCCGGGAGGAUCGGGUCGGAGAGAGGAGGAUCCGCGUUGAAUUCCGGUGGUCCGUCUUACCCGUAUUGUUGUUGGGAGUGUAUAUAUGUUAUAAAUAUUUGUGUAUGGUUGUCGCUUUUGUUGUGUGUGAAUGUUGAAGAUGAUUUCUAGCUGGAAUUUUAGGGUUAGG